CGAUUCACCUCCUGGGAAAGUGGAAGGGAGGGAGAAGCAAGGCAAAGCGGAGCCGAGGGUCAAAGGCCCUCGUCCUGCUUGGCCAAGCAAGCGUCGCGCACGUACGUAGAGGCCGACCGGCCGGCCAGGUUGAAGAAGGCAUGGGGAGGCCGCCGUGCUGUGAGAAGGCCGGGUUGAAGAAGGGGCCCUGGUCGCCGGAGGAGGACCUCUUGCUCGUCUCCUACGUGCAGGAGCACGGUCCUGGGAAUUGGCGCGCCGUGCCAUGCAGCACCGGUCUGAUGCGCUGCAGCAAGAGCUGCCGGCUCCGGUGGACCAACUACCUCCGCCCGGGCAUCAAGCGCGGCAGCUUCAGCGACCAGGAGGAGAAGCUCAUCAUCCACCUCCAGGAGCUGCUCGGGAACAAGUGGUCCGCGAUUGCGUCGUACCUGCCGGAGCGGACGGACAAUGACAUCAAGAACUACUGGAACACGCACCUCAAGAAGAAGCUCGCCAAGACGGGCGCCAGGGAAAGCGGUGCCAGCGCCAAGACGACGAAGAAGAGCGAUAGGGCCGCGGCGCCCAAGGGGCAGUGGGAGCGGCGGCUGCAGACGAACAUCCACACCGCACGCCAGGCGCUCCGGGAGGCGCUGUCCAUGGACGACACUGCGCCGCCGGCAAUCAAGCCGGAGCCGCUGCCGCUGCCGCUGGGGCAGCUGCCGGCGCCAGCCAGCCAGGCGAUGUACGCUUCCAGCAUCGAUAACAUAGCGCGUCUGCUGGAGGGCUGGAUGCGUCCCAGCGUCAGUGGGAAUGCGUCGGCUGAGUCCAUGUCCUCCUUCUCGGCGUUCUCCGGUGGUGGCGACGGCGCGUCGGCAAGCCACAUCGGCACGGCGCACACGCCGGAGGGGUUCACCGGCACGAGAAAGGAAGAGGGCGCGGGGCCGGGGCCGGCGUCAUUACCAAUGUUCGAGAACUGGCUGCUCGAUGACGGCAUGGGGAACGGUGAUGCGUCCCUCAUCUGCGUCCCGCUGGCGGACCCGUGCGAGUUCUUUUAGACUGAACUGGAGGGGGAUAAGGAAAAACAGAAUAAAAGUGCUAGGCUGGAAGAAGAAGAAGAAAGAAGCCAGGAACUCGAUUCCCUGAUAAUAUAGAUCGACACAGUGCAAUGCUGGUCUUGAUAUAUAUAGUAUAGUUGUUCAAUCCAGUUCCUUGCUUCUUAUUUCUAUGAAUUUGGAUUUUUUUUUUCUAUUCUCUUUUUUGUUUACAAAAUUUGGGUUUGGGCUUGGUCUUGUUAUGUAUGUCCAUAGUUAUCAGUCCUACACAGGAUGAUGGAUUAUGAUUCAUCAUGAUGUGUGCAUUAGAAGCAAAAAAAAAGAAAUCUACUUCUUAUAUAAGAUUACCAAUUCCUAU